AUGGCAAGGCAAAGAGAAAUGCAAUGGACUCAGAAGGCAUACUUGCUCAUGCAAGAAAUGAGAUUUCUUUGGUCUUCCUUGUUACCAUCCACUGGCUGUAAUAUCAAGAUGCAUAUGAUAGAGCAUAUGGGAAUUUCAUAUCCCCAAUGCCUAGUCAAGACUUAUGGUGAAAACAAGCAAUCCACCCAUCAAACCUCAUGUGUAUCACAAGCAAGCUAG